AUGAAAAAAAUAGAUCUCAAUCCAUUACAUCCGAAGAACAAGAUUCUACUCUACAAUCGUUAUGUUUUAUCGAAACUCUCCUGGCAUCUUACUAUUACAUCUAUUUCAAAAACCUGGAUUUCGGAAAACCUGGAUUCUUUAUUUACGCAAUAUGUUCGCAAAUGGCUUGAGGUACCUAUUUCUGGAACGCUGAGUAACAUCUACCUAACCAGCAACAAAUUUGGUCUUAACAUCAUCCCCCCAUCAACUAAGUUUUUACAAUGCCAGGUAACAAUUCGGAAUGCUUUAAAAUCAUCUCCUAAUGAAUCAAUAAUCCACCUCUGGAAAUCAACAACUAAUCAUACUAAUAUUCAAUACGACCAAUACAGUUCGACGAAGGAAGUGAUUAAGUCAUUUCGUGAUGAUCAAGUAGAUAAAUUAACAAACCAACUAACAUACCAAAGCUCAUUCUUUACCAGUGUAUCAAGAUUUUCCCUAACCCAAGUAAAUACGAUCUGGCCAGCCUGUCAGUCCAAAUUACCUAAAAACAUUUUCAACUUUACCAUUCGGUAUAUAAACAAUUCGCUGCCAACCCGUAGGAACCUUCAAAGAUGGGGGCUAUCCUCGUCUUCUGAAUGCUCGUUCUGCAUUAAUCCUGAAUCUCUAUUGCACGUCGUCGCUGGUUGCAGUUCCUACCUCGAUCGAUUUACUUGGAGACAUGACUCAAUUCUAAAUUUCAUUGCUAAUAACCUUCCAUCAGAACAUAUCCAGACCAUUUAUGCUGAUUUGUCGUCAUUCUCUAAUCCUUCUACAAUCACUGGUGAUGAUUAUCGGCCUGAUUUACUAAUUUUGACGAAAGACAAUUGUCUGUAUAUUCUGGAAUUAACCGUUGGAUAUGAGACUAACCUCAGAAAUAAUGUUAACAGGAAAUACUCCAAGUAUAAAGAUAUGAUUAUGGAACAAAAGAAAAAUUAUCAUGCGGUAAACUUCAUCAACCUUUCGAUUAGUGCACUUGGUGUGUUUGACAAAGAAUCGUCUGGUUUUAUAGACAUGUUAGAACAUUUUAAUUUAGAUAAAGCUCAUGUAAGAUACGUUAUUAAAAAGAUUAUUAAUAUUGCAAUAAGGUCAACCUACUACAUUUUUUGUUGUCGAAAUAAGAACUGGGUGAAUCCGGACUUGAUGAAACUUUAAAAUUUUUAUUGUAUAAGUAUGUAUAUAGAGUAAUAGAGUAAAUUUAAUCGUGCGUUAUAAAAUCAUUUAAUAGUAAUAUAUCAAGUUGCCAAUUGUAAAUUACCUUAUAUAGUGAGAUUUGCAGUUGUAAGUUUAGAAAAUUAAAUAAAGUUUCCAUAUUAUAAUAAUUUACAUAAAAAUGUUCGAGACAAUUAUAGUUUUAACUUACGCGUUUAUAGCAAACAUUCCACCGGCAAACUUUUCCUGGUUUUGUUAUAUCACAUUAUGCAACGCUAACAGCUUGAAAAUUCCAAUCAACUAUGUAAUUUUUGUUAGUCUUGUUUAAGGUCAAUGCUUUUCCAUUUAAAAAUAAAGAUAAAAGCCAUAUUUUUCACGCGAAAGCAACUUUUACUUUGCUGUAGCGCGGCGCCAUGUUUGAUUUGUUUUGAAGCAAUCUGUGACCGUUACUUCUUUAAACUAAAUUGCUUUAAACUGAUUGGUUGAUUUAAUCAUCACAAUGUUUUCCAUGCACCAAUCAGAUCAGUUUGUUACAGAUUUUUGUUCUGUGAUUACAGAAAAUUGCACUGUGAUUACAGAAAAUUGCACUGUGAUUACAGAAAAUGGCACUGCUGUUUGGGAUUAACUGCACUGAAAUCAACCAAUCACAGUCGAGUAAUAUCUUUAUGUAUAUUAUUAAUAGUGUAACAUAAUUUUAGCGCCCGAGUGUCGAUUUACUUGAUUAUUCGCAGAAAAUGUUUCCCUGUUUUCUUGCGGUCACAGAAAGUUGGGUUUUUUCUAUUCCUGUUGGGGAUAUCCCUGGGAUCACAAAAUAUUCAAACGAUUUGUUUUGCAUGAAGAAUAUAUUUGUUUCUAAAGCGCGUCUUUCAGUUCGCGUCGUGUUUUCUAAACUAAUAACAAAUGUAACAUGCCUUAAAACGUUUUAUUUUGAUCUUGACAUCAACUAACCCAGAUAUUUCCGUUCCCAGGCAAUUUCUCCUGUGGGUCAUCUAGUUUUCCACUUAAUAACGUUCCCAUGUUACUUGUAGUCAUAUAAAAAAGUCCCUCGUAUUCCUCUUGAAACUUCUUGACAACGCAGUUUUUAAUGUCUAUGCAGGUAUAUUUUGUUGAUGUUGAUGUUAAUGAAGGGAAAAACGUCCAAAAAGAAUUUGAAGAUAAAUUCGGUGAAGGAAUGGCAACAUUUCUGGAAUGCAACGUCACAGACAAAAAUAUCUUUGAUAGUAAAGCUAUUCUGGCGAAAUAUAGCUAUUAA